AUGCAUGCGUUGCUGGCCUGCUGUGGAGCUGAGAUCCCCACCCAUGACCCAACGGUUCGUGAGCUAGCGCGCUUCCACUACACUCGCGCAGUUGCAGCGCUUCGAAUGAACCUCAAUGAUGGGAAUGUUCAAAACCAGUGGAUGGUCACUAUGCUUACUGUCAUGAUGCUCUGCAUCUACGAGGUGCAUAAAUCUUCUGGUGUAGAGGUUCACCUUGCAGGGGCUGCAAGAUUGAUUAGAGUUUGUUCUCAGGAUUAUGCAAAGGAUCAAAAACCCUCUGGCAUACAGCAGUCGAUGCAUCGUCUCGUUCGAGAGUCCUUCAUAUUUCAUGUUGCAACUAGCCUGCCUUUUCAGGAUGACAAUAUGUACCAAAUGGAGAUUGAGAUGGCCUUCCGGCUGGCCGAGGAGGCCAUCUACCCGCACUUUCUGUCCGACAACUCCUCCCACUCUGAAUCCCCAGUUCUCGGGUUUCCACCAAAACUAUUCCGCUGUAUUUACACGGUCUAUCGUCUGUACCAAACAUCGCAAUGGAGCUCUGUGCAUUCACAAAUAUGCCAGGACCUAGGUGAAGAUCUCAUCCAGUGGAGUCAUCGUCUCACCACAUCUAGACUUGACAAUUUACUAGGCCACCAAACUGAGUUGGCGGUGCCACACGACUCCAUUGUCUCCACUUGUGCAACAGUUCAGAGCCUGGUCCACCCUGCACCGUCAUUGGGGCCCAUACUAUACAUAAUUGGUUGCCAGAUUCUACUCCACCGCAUGUCCUCGGCCAGUACUGGCAGGAAGCCCGAUUUGGAAGCACUAUUGCAAGAGGGGAUUGUAGCGGUACGAAAGCUACAGCCUAUGCAGGAUUACUUCGCCGAGUAUUACUGCUGGCCACUGCUGGUCAUUGGAAUGAAUUUGGAGCGUCAAUCCGAUCGGAAAUUGCUUAUGAGCCAGGUGCACGCUUUCUGGGUCGCCACGAACAAUGGCACAAUGAGGCGGCUUGCUAAUAAGCUCAUGCGUCUCUGGGAAUAG